AUGGUGCUGGUGCUGCUCGUGGCCAUCCCGCUGCUGGUGCACAGCUCCAAGGCCGCGGCGCACUACGAGAUGCUGGGCAGCUGCCGCAUGGUCUGCGACCCCUACCCGGGCCCCGGGCCCGGCCCCGGCGCCGCCGCCGGCCCCGAGCUGGCCGCCGCCUCGCCGCCGCCCUUCCUGCCCGGCGCCAAGGGCGAGCCGGGCCGCAAGGGCCGCGCCGGCGUGCGGGGCCCCCCGGGGCCGCCGGGGCCGCGGGGGCCGCCGGGCGAGCCGGGCCGCCCCGGGCCGCCGGGGCCUCCGGGGCCGGGCCCGGGCGGCUACAUCCCCUCCUUCUACAGCCCCAAAAUCGCCUUCUACGCGGGGCUGCGGAAGCCCCACGAGGGCUACGAGGUGCUGCGCUUUGACGACGUGGUGACCAACGUGGGCAACUACUACGAGCCGUCGAGCGGGAAGUUCACCUGCCCCCUGCCCGGCAUCUACUUCUUCACCUACCACGUCCUCAUGCGCGGCGGCGACGGCACCAGCAUGUGGGCCGACCUCAUGAAGAACGGGCAGGUUCGGGCCAGCGCCAUCGCCCAGGACGCCGACCAGAACUACGACUACGCCAGCAACAGCGUCAUCCUGCACCUGGACGUGGGGGACGAGGUGUUCGUCAAGCUGGACGGCGGCAAGGUGCACGGCGGCAACACCAACAAGUACAGCACCUUCUCCGGCUUCAUCAUCUACCCGGACUGAGGCGGGAGCCCCCGCGCCCCGCUGCCCCCCGCCACUCGCCCUGGGGGCUGGGACAGUGCUGCAGGGCUGGGGCACGGCCGGGGCAGCGGGGAUGGGGGUCCCUCAU